AUGGCGGCGCCGCUCGCGCCUUUGGUACUCCUACUCGCCCUCGGCUGCCCGGCGAUCUCCCGCGCACAGACCACGGAGGGCGCGUCGGCUGCGCCGCAUCGGCGCUUUGAGUACAAGUACAGCUUCAAGGGGCCUCACCUGGUGCAAGCAGACGGCACGGUGCCGUUCUGGGUGCACACGGGAAAUGCCAUCCCAAGUGCAGAUCAAAUCCGUAUAACAACCUCAUUGAAAAGCCAGAAAGGCUCAGUAUGGACAAAAAACAAAUCAAUAUUUGAAUACUGGGAAGUAGAAGUGACCUUUCGAGUUACAGGAAGAGGCCGCAUCGGAGCUGAUGGAUUGGCAAUCUGGUUUACGGAAGAGCAAGGCUUGGAAGGUCCUGUUUUUGGGGCAGCUGAUAAAUGGAACGGUGUUGGAAUUUUCUUUGAUUCAUUUGACAAUGAUGCAAAGAAAAACAAUCCUGGAGUGAUUGUUGUAGGUAACAAUGGAAAGCUGCUGUAUGACCAUCAGAAUGAUGGAUCCACGCAAGCACUGGCAUCCUGUCAGAGGGACUUUCGGAACAAGCCCUAUCCUCUGCGAGCCAAGAUCACAUACUACCAAAAAACACUGACUGUAUUAAUUAAUAAUGGCUUUACUCCGGAUAAAGAGGACUAUGAAUUCUGUGCCAAAGUGGAAGAUAUGGUGUUGCCAUCACAAGGGUACUUUGGAGUAUCUGCAGCCACAGGGGGACUUGCAGAUGACCAUGAUGUGCUGUCAUUUCUGACCUUCCAGCUGACUGAGCCUGGGAAGGAAGCACCAACACCAGAUGCAGAAAUCCCUCAGAAAGAUAAAGAGAAGUAUCAAGAAGAGUUUGAACACUUUCAGCAAGAACUGGAUAAGAAGAAGGAAGAAUUUCAAAGGGAACAUCCUGAUGUGCAAGGACAGCCAGCAGCAGAUGAUGUUUUUGAAACUGUGAGUGAUCGUGAACUGAGGCAGAUCUUUGAGGGGCAGAAUCGAAUUCAUCUGGAAAUCAAACAGCUUAACAGGCAACUGGACAUGAUUCUGGAUGAGCAGAGGAAAUACGUCUCUGCAGUCACAGAGGAGAUUGCCAAAAGAGGAGCUGGGUUUCCAGGUCAGCAGGGACAGGUUUCCCAGCAAGAGAUAGAGACAGUUGUGAAAACCCAAGAAGAGGUCAUUAGACAAGUAAAGGAAAUAAGAAGUUCUGUGACUGAUGCUCUGAGAUCCAUCAGUGGGGCUCAACAUGCUGGCUCUGCAGGUGUCUAUGAAACAACUCAGCACUUCAAUGACAUCAAAGAACACCUUCAUGUAGUAAAGAGGGACAUAGAGCAUUUAGUGCAACGCAACUCGCCAUCCAGUGAGAAACAAAAGUGUCCAGAAUUGCCACCAUUUCCAUCCUGCUUAUCUACAAUGCAUUUCUUCAUAUUUGUGGCGGUGCAAACUGUGUUAUUCAUUGGUUACAUCAUGUAUAGGAGCCAACAAGAAGCAGCAGCCAAAAAGUUCUUUUGAUGACCUAUUCCACUUGUGUGUACAUAACAGCAGUCUGUAUGCACAGAAAAUUCUACACUUCUGUAAAUGAGGGAAAUUUUAAUGUUGGAUAUACUUCAAUAUUAUAAAUUAUUUAAUUUUGCUAAAUAAAAUGAAUUCUCAUUUUAAGUCUUGAUGCUAAAAACAGGGCGCAGAUGCUGGAUGGGGGAAGACUGUGCACCCUAUCUCGGUCUGUGUUUUCAGCUGACUUUUUCAUAAAUACUGAAAGGCCAAUUCCCCAUUCCUCUGCUCUUGUUAAGAUUCCGGAGGAGGAGUUGAAACACCCAGGCUUGGUGUUUGUUCAAAGUGUGAAUUGCAGAUGGAUGAUUUGUGCGAAAACUUGCUACGAAGUGUCCUGACAUAGCAGUUUAAAAAAAAAAAAAAAAAAAAUUCCAAACCUCAAAGAACCAUUCUUGUGUGGGAUUUGUUGGGGGUUUUUUUUUGGCAGGCACAAAAAUUUACUAUAAACAUUUUAUUUGUUUACCACUUGGAUCUAACAGUAUAAGAAUAUUUUAGUUAGUUCUUAUUUAAACACUUUUUAAUACACGGACACAAAGACCUUUAAGACCCUGACUCUUGAUACCUGAUGUAAAAAAACAAUUAUACAGAACAUGCAAAGAAAGGCUUCUCUCUCUGUUUUGCAGUUUGAUUUUUGGGCAGUGAGAAAAAAUGUGAUAAAGUGGUUUCUUCAAGCAUAUUGUGGGACUGAUUUAUUUUUUCAUAGUUUCUAGUCUGUCUGUCAUUUUUUGGGAGAUUUGUGGAAC